ACCAUCAUUUUCUUCCCGCAUUUAGAUAUACUACCGCUCACGCGGAUUGAUUUCUUAAAUUACCCCAUAUAUCGUCCGGACCCAUGCUUAUUCCUUUCGACUUUCAAGUCAUGCGCCUGAAGUUGCGGCUAUAAACAGUGACAUUCUCUCCCCGCGAAGAAGACGGAAUGAUUUCAAGCCUCCCUUAUUCCACUAUCCCUUCUGAAUUAUUAGUCUUCGGACUGGAGCCGGAACUUGAUCGAAGGGUCACACCAUGUCGUACAGGUCUGAUGGUGGCCGAAUACCCCGGUUGAGGGAUGUCAGGUCCCAAGCUCGAAAUGUAUCAUUGCCGAUGAUUACUGCUCAGUCUAAACCAUUGGGAUCGAGUACGCCGCUAUCCUCCAGGCCGCAGAUUCCACGUCUAAUAAACCUAUCAUCAAGAUCGAGGAGGGCAGUCUCUAUGUCUGAGGCGGAAGAGAUCCGCCCGGUUGUUGCACAAUCAAACCCUUCGCCUAGUCUUGACAUUACUCGCCCAUUUGUUUCCCCUCAAGCACCUAUUCAUGCAAUUCCUUUCCAAUCCUCUCUUGAUACGACAACAGACCUGCCGCAAACUCUAAAAACACCGAUUACACCGAUCUUGCUCCAGAGCUCCCCCAGUGUUGAUAGUCACUUGCCACUGCAGAGUCGACCGCGAAACGUCCUGCGGAGAAAGGCUCCGACAAUAGGCCAACAUACCGAGAAGAACAAGGUACAAACGGAGUCUAUAAGGCCCAGCGGUUUAAACGUGAUUAUCCCGAACAAUACUGCAGCCACCUAUACCGAACCCGUACCUUUUCACUCUUCAAGCCGGACAGAGCUCGUGAGAAAAACCCCGUCUCCCAUGGUCACUGAUCAGUUUGCGAAGGCCUCUCUGGAGAAACAUGUACACCAUGGCCCGAAGGAGCUGGCAAGCCUUCGUACGACCAUUAAUACACAUAAUUUGCCCCCUCCCACUCCAGUGUUUCCGUCUGCGAGCACCCCCUCAACGAGAUACUCCGGAUCUCCAGGUGUAUGGAGUAGGACAUCUACGCCUGCGUCGUUGUCAUCCUGUUCUCCCGGAAUCGUUCAGCCCGCGAAGGUUGGUCCCCGCUUCAGGCAGCCGAGCCCUUCCCACACCGGACUUCUUGUCUUCUCACCCCAAAUACAGAAGCCAUCCCAGAAAGGUGGUAGAGUAGCUGGUAGAUCCCCGCAUCUAGCCCGAGGAAUGGGAUCAACCACGUCGCUUGCCAGUGAGAGCCGUGAGGAAACCGAGGUGAAAUCUGAUCUCGCGAGAUCACCCUCUCCUCCAAAUAGCCUUUUGCCCCGACGGGCAUCAAUAAGAUCCGGUCUUCCGAGACAGGCCAAGGCCAGCCCAGUGGCCAGCCAAAGCCGAGAAAAGGUAAAUACAAAACCCCUCACUGGAACAGGUGUAUCUAUGGGAACUAGAAGCCAUCCCAAUCCUUCAGUCCAAAUCCCUAUGAGGCCGAGCAGAGAAGGGACCGAUCAGUUAGAAUUGGAACCAUCUCCUGUUGUUAGGACAAAUAUUUCUCCUCGUGCAGUCAGGGCCCACAAGCGGCAUGGAUCCGGGGAAAGCUCCAUUGCCCCUGCUUCUAACCAAUCUGCUGCUGCAUCCGUUGAUUCACUCCACUCUCUUGCGUCAUCUCGGGCCCAGAUACGCACUCCAACAUCACCAGAGAUGACCAGGAAGUCACCACGAACCCUGACUGAGCCGCCAAACAUAAUGCCAACUGAUUCCAGCCCUGAAAAGUCUCGGAGAUUUGGACUUUUCUCCAAGAAAUCGAAACCCGAAUUGAAUACCCGUCAAAAUGAAGCUCGAACUGCGCGAAAAGGCCCAGCUGCUGGAACCGGUCAUGAAGGUUACGGAAAGUAUGCCCAGCGAGGUCGGAAGUCAAGCAUUAGUAGCAACAGCGAUACUAGGGGAAGAUCGACCAGUACAACGAGAAGUGGACCUAAAUCUGUUGCUAGUAGCAAGGGGAGUAGUAGAAGCCGGCCGGACAUGGAACUUGACGACUUCCUUCUUGAACGCCUGGAGCCUGUGUAUAUCAACGGUGGCGGCAUGCGCAGUGAAAUAUUGUCUCGGACACAAAGCGAACAAAGUAUGAGUGCUCUCAGCACUAAAUCUGCCCCGGGAUCAACACAGGACUCCAAAAUGCUUCAGCCAUCUGGAUACAUCAACAAGACUUCUACCGGCCCAACAGGAAAGCCUCGUGAUUCGAGGGAAUCCCACCGCAGAGACCUCUCUAGCCCAGCUACAAUAUCUUCAACUGCGAGCCAAUCCAAAAUCCCGAACAUUGGUGGUGUUGAAAAGCCAAAAGUUCGCUCUGAGGCAAAUGCUUCUACGCGGAGCUUGCCUCAGCUCAACAUUCCUAGCACCUCUGCACGCCAUGUUGGAUCCCAGCCUAAGAUGAAGAAGCCGUCUAAGAAAGGACUUAAUCUAAAAUGGCCAUUCUUCCAGAAAGACUCAAGGGUGGUUCUUCCGAUCUCCAGUGAACCUGCACCUGCACCUCAGCUGGCUGCCAAAGUCGCUCCUGUGAGCGUUCGCCGGCCAGUUGCCCAUUAUGCUUUAGUCGACACUGAUUCGGAUCCUUUAGAAGAUAUCUUCCAUAACUUGGAGGACUCACCACCAACAGAGGAGGAGGAGCUUAUCCUAACGGCAGAGGUUCCAGAACGCCUGGAUAUUAGAAAAACAACCCAAUCUAUCCUACUUCCCUCCCCACCAAAACUUCACAAUGAAUUUCGAGACGACCGACCUGCCUCGCCAAAGGUCUAUUUCCAGAAGGAACCUACCUCCGGCCCUGAGACGAAUGUGGAAAAACAGCGCCCUAGCAGAUUGGCAUCCGUCGGGCGUAUUCCACGUGUUGUUUCCCGGCGAGACAGGCAGCACAAACCGGCCUUUCAGUCGUUCUCGAGGCCCUUUAGUGUCGCUGAAUCUCCAUCUUUACUCGCUCCGGUCACCGACCUUUCACAUAGACAAAUCCCUAGCUCCCACCCUGAUAAACAAAGAAGUGAACCAGGGAACUUUGGGUUCGACCUUACAAUGCCAUUCGGGGACCCCAUGAAGGGAAGUGUUCUCGACUUCCUCGCAGGUCCUUACGCUAAACAUGAAUUUUUGGCAUUCUCCCCGCGGAAGGAUUCAAUGUUCUCAACCUCUAGUGGCUCAGAGAGCCUUGCUGCAAUUACGGCGGUGAUUCCUACACCUGAGAUGGAUUUAACUGAGGACGAAAUAUGGGGGGAAUAUGACGAAUUUAUUGACCAUGUACUCUCCCCGGAAACCCCAAAUCUUCCCUUAUCGAGAGAAUUGGGAAGCGAAAAAUUCGAAAUGGCGACGAUGGCUACCCGUGCUCUUCAAGCAGGGCUCAAUGGCGAGACUGGCCGUCCAAAUUUGCCUCCUAUAUUGAUUGAACAACCCACAGUCGCUCUGACCCCUGCGUCGCCUCCAAAUAGCGGGAAUUCCAUCCACCUUCGGCGGUCCAAGAUCGUGACAGCGCUACGCACCUCCCUUAGCCCUACUUCACAACCUUCCGUGAGUGAUAUGAUGGCUCGCUAUCGUCAGGACCAGGACGUGGGAAUUUCAGAUAGCAAAGGGUAUGGUGAUAUACCAGCUCCUACUAUUUCGGUUGAGCCAACCCCUUCUAGCUUUCUUAACUCACCAAGUUUGAAUCCAUCUCCAAGCUUUGAGAGCUGCCGUCAGCGAAAUACCAUCAUGUUUGAUAUCGCAGAACGUGAUCGCGAAGGUCCCACUGCUCAAACCAACAUCAGAUCUGGGUCCCUCAUGACCAGCCGCUGGCUGUCCUUUGGGAGGGUGUUAUUUAGUCCCGCACAUAACCAUAUCAAAAAUGGCGAACAAGAGAGGAUUCUAGUGGUUGAUGGAUUAGGAAAUGAUGACUGGUCUUUCUACUGUGCCCUGACAUAUCCAAAUGCCGACGUCUACUGCCUCCAUGAAGGGCCUAGCCCCACUGCGUCAAAGCACCCUGCGGCAUGGCAACCUCCAACGAACCACCACACCAUCCACCAUGCGUCUCUUGAAGACCCAGUUCCUUUCCCCAAAGCAUUCUUCACAGUGACUGUUCUCCGAUUCCCAGCUGCCUGCUCAGAGAAAGCCCAGGACAACAUAGUGUCGGAAUGCAAGCGAGUCCUUCGUGCGGGUGGCUACAUGGAAAUGAGCAUCAUUGACCUUGAUAUGGUAAAUAUGGGAAUACGCACUCGCAAAGCCGUGAGAAAGCUGAAGGAAACAAUGUACCUAUCGGAUGGCAAUAUCAGCCUUAAGCCUGCGAGCGAUAGCAUCCAGAAGCUUUUGGGACGAUAUGGCUUCGACAGUCUUCGACGGUGCAUCGUUCAGAUUCCAGUAGCGGGGAUUAUUGUGCGGUCAUCUGCAUCUUCCUCGUCAACUUCUUCCUCCAACCCAUCCACAUUGACCGCUGCGGUAAUGUCGUCAACCGCUCUUUCUGCCGCAUGCGGCUCCUCCACGGGGUUAAGGUCAAAGGUGCAUGGGAAAUCCACUUCCAACGAGACUGAUCUAUCCCUUGGGGACUUACUGUCCGAUCCGUCCCCUUCCCCCUCCAACGACGAAUCCAUUCGCAAGAUUGUCGCCCGAGUCGGCCGCUGGUGGUAUACACGCGUUUAUGAGUGUCCAGUACUCCCCAAUGGCGACGUCGACCGCAGCAUCUGGGCUGACAGGAAGGUCAUUCGCGAAUGCCAGCAACGCGGAACUGGUUUCCGUCUAUUGAUUGCAUAUACACAGAAGCCGAGCGAGAAGCGACGAACUGCAAGUGUUUAGCUGAACGUUUACGCCCCUUGACGAUAUACGAUAAUUAUGAACCAACCACCAAUGAAUACUUACACCAUUUAAUUAAUGUUGAAAAAUGAUGAUUUGACUAUAUAUAUAUAUAUAUAUAUAUAUAUAUUUUUUUUUUUUUGUUUUGCUUUUCAUUGCCUGCAUCUGGGUGGUGUCAACAGGAUGAUGAUGCUAUCAUGGGUUGUGCUCACUUUCUACUAUAAAGCUGGCUCUUUUGGUAGAUUUUUUUUUGUUCUAUAUUUUAAGCAUUUGAAAGACUCUGACUGUAGCUAGCGAUAGGCAAGGUAUUGGAUUGAUAUAAGGAUUAAUGUGAAUGACCAUGUACAAUUAUCCUCCCAGUUAAAUCAAGACCAUAUAUAUAUAUAUAUACUCGUUAUGAACGCUAGACAGCCAAGUCAAGACAGCUC